CGUCCGCGUUCGUCUAGGAGCUCUUGUCACCCCGCCAUGCCGGAGCCAUCGCGGGCGGCUCCGGCUCCUAAAAAGGGCUCCAAGAAGGCCAUCACCAAGGCGCAGAAGAAGGACGGCAAGAAGCGCAAACGCGGCCGCAAGGAGAGCUAUUCUAUCUACGUGUACAAGGUGCUGAAGCAGGUGCACCCCGACACCGGCAUCUCGUCCAAGGCCAUGGGCAUCAUGAACUCCUUCGUCAAUGAUAUCUUCGAGCGCAUCGCCAGCGAGGCCUCCCGCCUGGCGCACUACAACAAGCGCUCCACCAUCACGUCCCGCGAAGUGCAGACGGCCGUGCGCCUGCUGCUGCCGGGCGAGCUGGCCAAGCACGCCGUGUCCGAGGGCACCAAGGCUGUCACCAAGUACACCAGCUCCAAGUGAGGCGCGUCCCGGCGCCCCGAACCCAAAGGCUCUUUUCAGAGCCACCUCCAAGCUCAAAAAGGAGCGUGCCACCUGGUCUGGUUGUGACCUGUGAUUUAACUGGAGUAACGGGAGAAGGUAGAGUGAGUUGUGGAGGCGCAAGUCUUAGAGAUAAAAGUAGUCUUCCUGUCUGUAAUGGCGCAUUUCCCUUAGAAAGGCUGCGUUCGUCUUCUCUUGGCCACAGGCAAAGUCAGAGAGGGCGCAGUACAGGAGAUUGAACCAUGGAUCCUAUCCAAAGAUCUGUGUGUGGCGCACGCCCUGCGCGUGAGGAGCGUGGGUCACCUCCAGGAAGAUCUUGUGCCACUUCCCCUCCCCCAGUGCCUCCUGGUGGCUGAGACUGGAGGACGUGCUCACUGAGGUCCGGGGUUGGGGGUGAGGGGUUUGUCGCGCCGUCUGGGUGCGGGUGCUUGGGUCCGUCCUUCUCCCGCCCCUUUCCUCCCUCCUUAGCCACAACUAGACACCGUGAGCUUCUAGCCAAAACCUUUUCAGCGGCGUUGCGCCUAAGCAGCUCUUUAUGCCACGCCUUCCUGCUUGAAACAUCAAAACAGCAGGCUCACAUAUCUCCUUAUCACUCAGUUAAAAUUUCCCCAAUUAAGGGAUUCUGGUACUUUAUCCCAAAAAUGUGUGUGUAUGUGUGUGUACGCAAAAUGCACAGUGAAAGAUUAUUUUGAAUAAUGCAAAUAUAGUGCUUUUUAAAAAAAUUCCAGCAAAUCAUAGGCAAAAUAAUUAUGAUCUCUGGAUGACACAUUAAGUAAAAACUAAGGCAUGCAGGCCUGACUGGGGCCCAGGCUGUCCUCUCCCUAAAAAUACCGCGUACCUGUGUCACCCCAACCACCCUCUAAGCAGAAACGUUGCCUGGAAUUAGGAUUCAGAUUCCAGGCUCAGUUCCCACUGGUAGAGGAUGCACUCUACCCAGGCUCAGUUCCCACUGCACACCCCCAACACAAUGACAGCCAAGCAUUUAUCAACAUUUAACCUCUAUGGUCUCGUAAAGUAUAUCAAUUUUCUUGGGUUAGUUUUUUCUUAAAGGGAGUUUUCUUUCCUCCAAAUUCUUUUUGUAAAUAGGUUUUAUUUUUUUAUUUUAUUUUAUUUUAUUUUUAUUUUUUGAGACGGAGUCUCGCUCUGUUGCCCAGGCUGGAGUGCAGUGGCACUCUCGGCUCACUGAAAGCUCUGCCUCCUGGGUUCAGGCCAUUCUCCUGCCUCAGCCUCCCGAUUAGCUGGGACUACAGGCACCCGCCACCACGCCCGGCUAAUUUUUUUGUAUUUUUAGUAGAGACGGGGUUUCACCGUGUUAGCCAGGAUGGUCUGGAUCUCCUGACCUCGUGAUCCACUUGCCUCGGCCUCCCAAAGUGCUGGGAUUACAGGUGUGAGCCACCGCGCCCGUCCUAGGCUUUAUUUUUUAGAGCACUUUUUCAGAGCAAUAAGCUUUUUUAUUAGUAGUACAUAAUAAUUGUACAUAUUUGGGGGAUACAUACGAUAUUUUGAUAUACGCAUAGGCAUAACAAUCAAACCAGGGCAACUGGGACAUCCGUCAUCAUAUUCACCCCCUCUUCAGGUCGAGAUCAUUCCAAUUCCUCUCCUCCAGCAAUACAACUAAUUAUUGUUACCUGCAGUCACCCUACUUUUCUAACCAACACUAGAUGUUACUAUUUCUCCUAAGUGUAUUUUUGUACCCAUUGAUCGGCUUCAUCUCCUCCUUUCCCCACCACUCUUCCCAGCUUCUGGUAACCAGUAAUCAACUUUCUACCUCCGUGAGACCCAUGUUCUUAGCUCCCACGUAUGAGUGAGAUCAUGCAGUAUUUGUCUUUCUCUGCCUGAUUUGUUUCACUUAAUAUAAUGUCCUCCAGUUCCAUCCAUGGUGCUGCUAAUGAUGGGAUUUCAUUAUUUUUUUAUGGCCAAAUUGUAUUUGAAUGUGUAAAUAUACCACAUAUUCUUUAUCCAUUUAUCUACUGAUGGGCAUUAAGGUUAACUCUCUUUCUUGGCUAUUAUAAAUUGUGCUGCAAUGAACAUGAGACUGCAGACAUCUCCUUGAUAUACCGAUUUCCUUUAUUUUGGGUAUAUACCCAGCAGUGGGGUUGCUGGAUCAUAUGGUAAGUCUGUUUUUAGUUUAUUUAAGAAUGCCCAUACUCGUCUCUAUAGUGGCUGUACUGAUUUACAUUCUUAUCAGCAGUGUACAAGCAUUCCCUUUCCCCGCGUUCUCACCAACAUGUUAUUUUUUGUUUUUUUAAUCAAAGUCACUUUAAUUGGAGAUGAUUCCAUCCAAAUUAUUUUAUUUACUGCAUAAUAAUUAGCCAAUCUGACUUGAAAUUUCCAUCUGAUAUGGGUGAGGGGCAAUCUCUUAAAUACAUUUCAGAUUGUAUGCCAGUCUGGAGGGAUUUUGUAGGCAUACAAUCUGACAUGUAUUUCAGUGAUUGUCACUCACUCAUCUCAGAUAGGUGAGAUAUGAACCUUAGUUUAAAAAUCUGGCUUAGUUUGAGAAUCUUGGCAUGUCUCUCCAACCCAGAAAAUGCUUCCAUUUUGUUGAGUGGGUCCUAAUUCCCGUGGAUUCUGACAUAUUUGAUGUGCACUCCGUUUAUCAUUAGCAUUUGUCUUUCUCCGUUGUAACACUAUAAUUAGAGAAAUGGGUUCUGGACACAAUUGCUCUGAAUUUUCUCCAUUAUAAAAUCUCAGUAGCAGGGAUCCUGUUUUACCUUCUUUGCCUCUCCCUUAACAGAUUCCUGUCCUGGGAGAGAGGUACAAAUCCCAUGCAUUCUGGGCCUGGGGGUGCUAACGCAGCAGGAAGAGACAGACAGCCUGUUUUUACUUCAAGUUUGUGUCAGGGGAAUCAGAAGGACUGAGAUAUGAAUUGACUGACGUUUGACAUUAUCCAUCACAAAAUGCCUUCUUAGAGAAUUACACUUGGAAAUGGUCAUGAAAUGUUCAUCUUCUGCCUUGAUUUGAUCUCUGGCACCAACCAGCGUUGUUGCCUUGUGCUAACACAAUCAUUCACUCUCUCUGCUGGAGACUGGUUUCACUUUAUUAAACCUAUGUUUUAAGUUCCUUAAGGUGGAGAACUAUAUGGAUCUGUGAGAGUAAUUUCACAGCUGCAAAUGUUUAAGGUAUUGACUUCCAAUCCAUGCUGACAGGAGGCUGAGGGCUUGGAUGUUCCAGUCAUUGGGCACCUGUUUCAUAGUGGAGAGGGCUGGAUUCAAUAGCUUUUCAUACAAAUUCUAUAUUUCUUGAAAAUACUAAGGGUGUUGAUAAGUCCGACUUACUUUUGAUGAUGGAUCACUGUUUAUUAUUUGGAUUAUAACUGGGGAUGCAAAGAAUGGAAUAAAAUGCCUAUGACAAA